AUUCAAUUUUGACGAUACACAAGGUCAUGACCUUAAGUUGUUGAGCCCUCACGCUACUCUGGCCCCCUAGUACACAACGCACCUUCUGGCUAGACGAAAACUGGUACACGUUACAGACUGUUUACAGUCUCUUGCAUCUACAGAACAUCGUCUCACCACAACCGUCAAGCGUAUGUAGCGUAGGUGUAAGGGGUGAACCGGACCAUAAUAACUAGUUAAAUGAAGCAGUACGAAAGGCAACUGUAGUGUUCUUUAUUUGGCGUAAAUGGGUCAGUCUUUAUGUGCUCCUGUUCUAUCCAAGGAAACGAAGAGCUGGCAGAAUGAAAAUUAUAGUGUUGCAGUAUCCAGCAUGCAAGGAUGGCGUGUACAUAUGGAGGACGCUCAUAUGUGUUUACUAGAGCUUCCUGGUGAUCCAAAGGCUGCCUAUUUCUCAGUUUUUGAUGGACAUGGAGGUACAAGAGUGGCAAAUCAUGCAAGUCGUCAUCUUCACGAGAAAAUCCUUGAGCAAAUUGAAUAUAGUCGGAAUGACAUAAAAGAGGCUAUUCGUCAUGCCUUUCUUUCUAUGGAUGCUGAGAUGCAAUCUGAAAUGACCACAUAUUCUGUUAAAUCAUCGGCACCGAAAUUAGACAGCUCAGUUAAUUUAACAGCUCCUGGUUCAGUUGUGGCAGUGAAAGAUAGUACUGUUGAAACCCACAAUGACAGUACAACAAGCUUCUCUUUGAAAAUUCCAAAUCCAGGUGAUGAAUUGGCUGGAUCCACUGGAAUAAUAGUCCUACUGAAAGAUCAAAUGCUUUACUGUGGAAAUGCUGGAGACAGCCGUGCAGUAUGUAGCAGACGUGGAGUCGCAGAACCUUUGUCUACAGAUCACAAACCAACUCUACGUGCUGAGAAAGAACGUAUUUCUGCUGCUGGUGGUUGGGUCGAUGCAAAACGUGUGAAUGGGAACCUUGCACUAUCACGAGCUUUCGGAGAUUUUGUCUUCAAGCGUAAUCCACACCAGUCUGCCGAAAACCAAAUCGUAACUGCAAAUCCGGAUGUUUUUGUUCGACGACUUUCAGUCGAAGAUGAUGAAUUUAUUGUACUGUGUUGCGAUGGUAUAUGGGAUGUAAUGACAAAUCAGGAAGUUGUAAGCUUUAUUCGUCUGCGACUCAGUUAUGGUAUGCUUCCAUCUAAAGUAUGUGAAGAACUUAUGAUGCGAUGUCUAGCACCUGACUGUCAUACAAAUGGUUUGGGCUGCGAUAACAUGACUGUCGUUUUGGUCUGUCUCUUACAAGGACGCCCGUUCUCGGAUUUGCAACGCAAGUGUUCUCGAUCGUGUCCAGCCGGUCCAGCAGCCGAUAUUUUAGGUGCAUGAAGCUAUAGGAAUUUAUCGCCGUGAAUUUCCUUUGUAGUCCCAGCUGAGAGCUUCGCCUUGUCACUUAUUUUGAUUUAAUAUUUACGAUAAUUUUUUUACCUCCUAUGUAGUCUUGCAUUUUGUUUCUAAGAACUGUAACCUUACUGCAUGUAAUGAUUUUAAAAAUUCGGUUAAUUCUUGAAUGAUACUAAAAGUUGUGGGGCUUUACCAUGCUUGUUGGGCGUUGUCCAUUAAUCUUGUUGGUAGAUAUAUGUGUUAUAAAACUUAUCAAAUUGAAUGGAAGUUUGCUUAUCUAUCAUAUUGAGUACCAUUGCAAUUAA